CGAUUCUAGCAGCAGCAGUUGUGUCGCGGAAAUUGAAAAUAUUAAAACAUGGAAGGAACUGAACGCUUUUAUUGCAACGAAAAAUUAGUACACCAACUCAGUGUAGCGCUCCUAAUACUCUUCAAUACUAAGAAACCGGUUAUGAAAAUCACCGAUUCCUACAAUAUUAACAUAAAGCUAGAGACGGAUCGAAUUAAUAUAGAUAUAUCCGAAACUAAUUGUGAUCAAAACCAGGGCGAGCUCCAAGCAGCAGCUCCUGAAGUGGAACAAGUGAUAAACACAACAAACAACGCUCCCAGUCCGAGUCCGGCAUCCAGCAAUAAAAUCAAAAGUGAAACUGCAUUCAUAUCUAAACAAAUACUCCCAACUACCAUUCUGAAUAGUCAGCACUUUAGCUUUUUCAUUCCAUUCAUGAAAAACGCAACUGAUAAAGAAAAUGCUGUCACCGGAGUUGGUGACCCCAAUGGCGUCUUUUGGAUUGGUUUCGAUAAUCUACAUUCUAUAAUGGGCGAUCGGAGGCAUGUAUUGAAUAUAGUGCACACACUGGAAGAUGGAUCUAAGCGCGACUCAACUUACGAUGACUUUAGAGUUGGCUGGGAUGGAAAGGGAAUCAAGUCCCUGGGGAAAUUCUUUGGAAGAACUGGUGAGGACCAUCUACGUGACUAUGAAAAUCAGCCUCCAAAAGAACCGCUGUGGUUUGUUUCCUUGUGUACAAUGGAUAUGGAGACGAAUCGGCUUAUAAAAUCUUCUGUGAUGCAAAUCAAACCAUGGCCUGGAGGAUUUUAAUUGAUUUUUAAACAUUUAGAUUACACAUUGAGUAAAAAUCCAUGUCCAUUGUGAAAUUUAAAGAGAGUCGAAUUUUUUCUAAUUAAAUUUAUAUUAGAUUUAGUUUUGUUGACAUUAAAAGAUACAAUAAAAACAUAAAACAAAA